AUGGUAGAUAUCAGAAAAUUCGACCUCAACCUUCUUCCCGUACUGGAAGCCUUGCUGAUCCACCAAAACGUUUCUCGCGCGGCGGAUGAUUUGGACAUGAGCCAAUCGGCAGUCAGUGCCGCGCUCGGUCGUCUUAGAGUUUUGCUGGGAGAUGACCUGCUAGUACGCACGGGCCGCGGCAUGCGCCCUACGACACGAGCGCUGGAACUAAAGGCGACUGUGUCGCUCGUGUUGGAUCAGGUUCGCGAUGAGUUGAUGAGCAGCGAAAGCUUCAACCCUGCAGAGUCCACCCGGAGCAUUACCCUGGGCCUUUCGGAGGUAGGCUGUUUCGUACUGGGCGCGCGCAUCAUCAAACGAGUGCGCACGGAAGCGCCCAACAUUCAAUUCAAACUCACGACAUUGUCGACAGAGGUUGUUGAAGAUGCGCUUGAGCGGGGAAGCACAGAUUUAGCGCUAGGUCCCUUUGAAUGCCACAGAUCGACGGUGUUUCAACGACGGCUUUAUGAACGCCACUACGUAUGCCUGGCAGCCAAGGGAAGUACUUUCUGCCAUGAAAAAAUGACGCUGGCGCAAUUUGCACAAGCGCCACAGCUGGUCGUCAAAUCGCCGUCACGCGUUCAUGAAAUCAUCAGUCAAGAGCUAGCCGAGCGUGGACAUACGUCUGCCAACACCAUGGAAAUUCCCAGCUUUCUCCACGCGCCCAUGAUGCUUGAAACGGGAGAGUUCAUAUCCGUAGUACCCGGCCAACUUGCGGACGUUUUUAACACGCAUUGGGACCUACAGAUUGUUGACGUUCCAAUGGACCUUCCCUUACGGACGAUUCGACUAUUUUGGCAUCGCCGGUCCAACACGGAUCAUGCUAUUCGCUGGUUGCGGAACAUGAUUGUCGACGAGCUGACUUCAGAAAUUUCUUCGUUGUCGGGCAACAUU